AGGACUCCCUGUGAGCGCGUGCACGCUCCCUGAUGCGUGCACGUUCUCCCAUGUGUGCACGCUCCUCAAAGCAUACCCUGAAGAAAUGUGUCGGAAAAGCGUCCCUGACACCAUACCUUAACGACCCAAGCAUAUCUCUGACAAGACAGCAGAAACUUCGAUCGUACGAUCUUCUGCCUGACCAUGCCGCCAAAUAUGUCGUCUGUUGGUGGCACAGGUUCCUAGAAGGAUAUCCUCUGAUCCUCCUUUUGUAUGUUACAGGCCGAGCGGAAGAGCCACUCGGCCAGCUAUCGAUCGUCCGGCCGAUCUUGUCCUCGAGCCAAGCGGAAUGGCCGCUCGGCCAGCAUCCGCUGUCCAGGCUUCGUUGUUGUAGAACGGAGCUCUGUCUGAAUGGAGUCCGCUCGGUCGUCAUUGUUUUGCCAGUCUGAGUCCAAGCGGGCUGGCCGCUCGGGGCAUACCUUGUCUGUCUGAGCACCGGAAGCUCGGUACUUGGCCGAGCUGUGCUAACGUCUGCUUCUGUAGGCUCGGCGGUUCUUCCUCCCGAUCAGAAAAGGGGGUUGUCCGAUCGGACGAUAAUACCGGGACGUUGACCAACUUGACUUUGACCUCCACCAUAUCAUUGACCACCCUACUAAUCGGGGCCCCUUCUUAUCACCGGAUCAGUUAACUUUGUUGGAUCUUUCAAAGAUGUGCUCUAGUGGACAAUUAGGUUAGAACAAAAACUCGGUGAAGAUUUGAACUAGAAGAAGACAUUGUCGGUUUUGAUGAAGAUAUGAAAGACAUCAAAAGGCAACUGUUUGACAUUAGUUCAACAGAUCGCGUUGUCCUUUCGGUUGUUGGUCCUGGUGGUUUGGGCAAAACAACGCUGGCAAAUAAGAUCUACAGGAGUGCAGAUGUCAAAAACUAUUUCCACUGCAAGGCAUGGGUAUUCGUGUCACAGAAGUAUGAGGUCAAAGAACUCUUGUGCAGCAUUGUGAAGCAAGUGUUCGACUUCAAGGAUGGGCAAGAAAAAGGAAUGGAAGAACUAGAGAUGAAGGAAAAGUUGUCGGAGCACUUGCGCGACAGAAGGUAUCUAGUCGUGAUGGAUGAUAUUUGGCAGGUGGCAGCUUGGAACGCCAUUAAAGCAGCUUUCCCAAAAGAAUCGGCAGGAUCCAGAGUGUUGCUGACCACGCGCAAGAUGAACGUUGCGAACGUUGCAGAUGUUCCUCCACACAAGCUGAAAUUUUGGAAUGCCGAAGAGAGCUGGAAUUUGUUCUGCAGGAAAGCUUUCCGCACAGCAUGCUGUCCGCCAGAGUUUGAGCGAUUCAAGGAAGAUAUCUUCAGAAAAUCUAAAGGGCUGCCUCUUGCCAUUGUGGUACUCGGAGGACUUUUGAGAGGUACAAGUCAAGCUACUGACUGGAGGAAAAAGCUGGAUUAUAUUUCUUAUGAAUUCAGAGAAGGAGAAGACCAAAUCCAAAGUAUAUUAGCUCUCAGUUACCAUGAUCUUCCGCAUCAUUUGAAGCCUUGCUUCCUUUAUUUUGCAGCCUUUCCUGAGGACUAUAUCAUUGCUGCGGAGAGGAUAACACAUUUAUGGAUAGCUGAGGGUUUCAUACAAACGAAGGACAAAGUGGAUCAAACAAUGGAGGACCUCGCGGAGGCAUAUUUGAAUGAUUUGACCGACAGGUCCAUGUUACAAAUGGAAAGAAAGGGUGGGAUUUCUAUACAGUUUGUUCGCAUUCAUGAUCUUCUUCUUGAUCUAGCACGUCAUGAAGCUCGUGAGCUUAACUUCUACAGGUCCAUUAAUGACAGAGGUGACGAUCCAAGAGCUUUACGGCGUCUCUGUGUCACCGAAAAUGUCAACGACCAUGUCUCGUUGAACUGUUCUACCAUUAAACUACGGUCACUUGUAGUUUGUCGGAAUGAAGGUUUUCAGAGAACUCUGGCAGUUACCAUCUCCGGAGCGAAGUUCCUCAGGGUCUUGGAUUUGAUAAAACUACCCAUUGAACAGUUACCAAAGGAGAUUGGGGACUUGAUCCUCUUAAGGUAUCUAGAUUUGAGCGGAUCAAAACUGAAGGAGCUGCCUUCAUCCAUUGGAAAUCUCAUCCACUUGCAGACUUUCAAUAUACAAUUUACUGAGAUUCAACAUUUGCCGGAUGCAUUUUGGAAAAUCCGAACACUGAGACAUGUAUUACUCAAUAAGGGGAAUAUGAGCAUGCCUAAUUCGACAUUCUGCUCGGAAGACAUUCAGACACUUGGGAAUAUUUCGAGUGGUCCAUGGGUAUGUGAUGGUGCACUGGAGAAGCUGAGAAAUCUUCGAAGAUUGCAUUUGAGAAACAUGUCAAGCUCUGAUGAGGAUGCUUUUGCCAAUGCAGUCCAGAACCUUUCCCGGCUCGAGAUGUUGGCAUUGAUUGGAGAAUCCUUGCCGGUGAGCCUCCUAACUUCAUCUUGCUACCAUCAUAUUCAGAUUAUGGAUUUGGCAGGACCAUUGGUAAGACCUGCAAGGAUUCACAUAGAGGCAGAAAAUUCCAGGAUAUUUUCCAACCUGAUCUCUCUUGCUAUUGUGAAAACAAGGUUGGAAAAGGAUGAAGAUAUUGCAUUGCUCGCAUCUCUAGCAAACCUGGAGCAUCUUCUUGUGUGUCUUGAUGCAUUUGUAGGAAGAGUUUUGGUGUUUCCAAAGGGAGGUUUUCCUCGUCUCCAAGAGAUCAUACUGGGUGAUUUGAACACCUUGGAGCAGUGGGAAGUGGGAGAGGGAGCAAUGCCUCUCCUUCGGGAACUAAAACUUUGGUACUGCAUAAAUUUGAGAAUGCUACCAGAGGGACUUGUAAGAUUGACUGAGCUCAAACAAAUUGAAAUAAGGGGAAUGGAAAUGAUAGAGAAAAGGGUCAACAAGGAUACUGGAGAAGAUUAUCACAAGAUCAAGCAUGUUCCUUGCAUUGAAAUAAAUUGAAGGACCAUGACAAUAUCUGACGACACCCAAAAAUUAAUCAGGAGGAACAAGUCUUGCUAGAAGCUGAAUGUCCUUUGCUGGCCAUCGUCGUAAUUGUUUCCCGAUUUAUUCCGAUGGCGGAUAGAAAAUUUCCGUAAAACCAUAUUUGAUCACUCCAGACUCACGUUACCAGCCUAAUCAGCCUAAUUUGAUCACUCCAGACUCACGUUACCAGCCUAAUCAGCCUAAUUAAUCAUUAAAGGUCCUUUGUAGCAGACAGAAGUCUAAAGCGCACACAGAGUUAGACAACCACUCACUCUGUGUGCUAACAUUGGCU